AUGAACCAUGAAAUCCUUCUUGAAGAUGCUUUUGUUGUGUACGAGGAAUUGUCGGAGGAUUUUGUCCGUAACGCCGCCUACUGCUUGGGUUUCGUUCGGGACCGCCCCAAUCUUCUUGGAUUGCUUUCGAGAAGGGAAAUUGAGGUGGUUGUAUCAAAUGGGACACCAUUUCUGUUCAAGGGUGCGCUUGACACUGCAAGGAGAAUGAGGAAGUUUUUGGGAACUGAUGGAGGCAUGGUCUUGGAAUCUGAUAAAGCAAGCAUGGUUGAUCUUAUGAAGUAUAUCCUAAGUUAUGCAAGCAAUCCAUCUCUUUCAUCCGAAAGAAAUGGCCUCUACAGUAAGGAACUUGUGGAAUUGUCUGUUCGGAAUCUGUUGCAUGAGCUGGGUAAGUUGAGCAGUGGACCUCCAAAUAUGAACAUGCCUGCUUCUGAAGAGCAGUUCCCAGGUGGCUAUGGACAAACUUCAAGACCCCUUAAACAAAAUAUUGAAAUGAAGAGAGGCGACUGGAUAUGUCCAAAGUGCAAUUUUAUGAACUUCGCAAGAAAUGUUAAAUGUCUUGAAUGUGAAGGACCUAGGCCAACAAGACAGCUGACUGGUGGCGAAUGGGAGUGCCCUCAAUGUGAUUUCUUCAACUAUGGGAGGAAUUUAGUUUGCUUAAGAUGCGACUGCAGACGACCUGGUGUGGCAUUGUCCAACACUGGUGACACUAGAUCGGGAUCCGGGCGGCAUUGGGAUUUCACAUCCAAAACUAACACAGAUAGCCUGUUGGCUGCGAAUGAAGAGAGAGCCCAACAGUGGUUUAGUAAAAAUUCUCAGAUAAGUAAUGUCUCUGACGGAGAAAAUCUGUCUGUUGUUAGCACUAGGAAUGCACCCUUGGAGAGGAGGCUGGCUAGCUCUCAAAAUCAGACUAUGGAUAAGGGGUAUCCUGAAGGUGCAAAUAAGGCCCUUGAUACAUCAGUCAACCGUAGUUUGGACCAGAUUCUUGGUCGCUCGUCUAGAGUUUCUGGAAGAGAAGAUAAAGGCAUCGUUUCUGGUGAGACAACAGAUAUCUCUCCUCCAACUCUUCAGUCGGGGUCUUCAAGUUAUCGAAAUUCCCAGGAAAGAAGUUCCAAGUACAUUCCAUUUGUUCCGUUACCUCCUGACAUGUUUUCAAAGAAGGAUCAAAAUUCGAAGAUAGAGAAUGGGGAAAAGGUUGGGACGGAAAGCUAUGUAUCAGACUCAUCAGAGGUCAGUAAUCAAAGUAGUUCAACUGUCGGCAGCGAGUCCCAGCACUUAGGGGAGAUUUUUCAGUUCUCGAAAAAUUCAGCAAGUGAGCCUCCUAGCCAGGGGAAAGAGAAAGAACAAACUGAAAAGUCAGAAAUAUGGUUUAAGAAGAUAGCCAAGUUACAUGAUUCCAAAGAUCUACCGAGUGCAAUUUCAGACAAGGAUUUCCCUGAGAUUAUGCCAAUGCGCAAGGGAGAAAACCGAUUUGUCGUUAGCAAGAAGAAAAAUCAUUCUUUGACUUCACCGGCAUACAAAAGACAGGUAGCAGUGGAUCAGGCAAAUAAUACUAAUUUUGUCCCUUUUGUUCCAUUCCCUCCUGACUACUUUGCUAGGAAGGACACACAGCAGCCGGAUGGCGCUGAUUCAUCCACAAAUUCGAGCAGUGAAUCUUCUUCCUGUUCAACAGCCGAGAGCUUUUCUGAGAAGUUGGAUGGGCCAAGAUAUAGCGUGUCAGACACAAAUACUACGUUGAGAAAAGUCGACCAACUGGCCAGUUCUGUUAAUUCCAAACUUUCCCGUGAUUAUGUGGCUUCUCCCAGUGAAAACCCUAAACCGAACUCCUCAGAUCCCCAGACUACCGUAAGUGAUAAUCAGAUGGAUAAAUAUUCUGGGAAAGGGGAUGCCCCUCAGUUUUUCCAGCCAGGGGCAGCGGCAGGUUCUCCCAAACCAUCUGAAAAUCAUCAAGUUCGAAGUGGUUGGACAGGUAAGAGCUUGGAGGGAUCAGCCGUUAAGGAACCUGACCCUUUGGACAUGUCGGAAGAGGCCAAAGCGGAGAGAUGGUUCAGACGGGUGGCUCAGAUAAAGGAUAUUUCUGAGCUGAGCCAGAUCCCUGAUGAAGACUUCCCAUCAAUAAUGCCAAUGCGGAAAGGAGUAAACAGAUUCGUUGUUAGCAAGAGGAAGACACCACUCGAGAGGAGGCUAACAUCUCAGCAGUAUCGUAGAAAUCUUCCGAUUGUGAGAUCUGAUCCUACAAACAAGGAAAACAACAAUAAUUAA